AGGCAGUUAGUGCCAGGGCCCUUGCCUGAGUUGGGAGGCCAAACGAAGCUCCUCGUACAAGCUAACCCUGUAUAAGAACUUCACUAAAGAAAGCUACUCCAAGCUCACAGCACAUCCAAACACAGCAGUCUCAACCACAUAGAUGAUUUUGAUAUCGAUAGCAAAGCAUCUAUGGUGGAUUUUGCCAGUGCUGAUUAAGCAGCGUGGGGACUGCGUGACGUGGCUGCCUUCAGCCUUUCCUAUGCAGCUGGAAUAGCUUAGGGAAAAUGGAUUGCUCAGAUUCUACCUCAUCCUCUGAUGACGUGGGCAAACCUGUGGAUGAAGGUGCUAAUCACUGUCAAGAGAAGAAGCAUAUUUUUCCCUAUUGUCUCCCGUCUUGGAAGUCAACCCUUCAAGGUUUUGGAGAGCUGAAGUGGUCAGACAGCAUGGCUCCAGAGAACCCGCCGAAGGACAGGAGGCCGGGCAGGACCCACGAGCAUCCGCCAGAAGAGGCGAGAUCAGCUGGGAAAAGGAAACGAGACUGUGAGGAACUAGAGAAUGAGCCACUAGCAAAGAAGCUGUUUGUGAGAAAAUCGUCCAAACCCCCGGAGAAAAUUGGUUGGAGUAGAGGUGGAUGUGUGAUCAGAAAUACCAGAGCCCUUUUGCAUCAGCUGGAGAAGCAGUGCAGCAUUGUCCAUUACGUCUACCAGAACAUGCUGGGAGGCUCCAUCCGGGCACAGCUCAGGCAGUGUCUGCAGCUGCCGUUCCUGCGUUCGCUCACCUCGUACCGCCUUUUCCGAACAGCAAGUCCCUUUGACAGGAGAGUGACUUGCCUGGAAUGGCAUCCGACACACCCCAGUACUGUAGCUGUUGGUUCCAAAGGUGGAGACAUCAUCCUUUGGGACUAUGAAGUGCUUAAUAAGACCUGCUUCAUUAAAGGGAUGGGAGCUGGAGGGACCAUCACAGCAAUGAAGUUUAACCCUUUUAACCCUAGUCAGCUGUACACAUCGUCAGUGGCCGGCACUACCACUCUGCAGGAUUUUAAUGGCAAUACUCUCCGGGUCUUCACCAGCACCGAGGACUGGGACUGCUGGUACUGCAGCGUUGACGUGUCUGCCAGCUGCCGGGCCGUGGUGACGGGCGAUAACAUGGGCAAAGUGGUCCUGCUCAGCACCGCCGGGGAAGAGAUCUGGAAGCUGAAAUUACACAAGAAGAAGGUGACACAUGUGGAGUUUAACUCUCGAUGUGAGUGGUUGUUGGCCACAGCCUCUGUAGACCAGACAGUCAAAAUUUGGGACCUGAGGAACAUCAAAGAUAAAACAAGUUUUCUUCAUGUGCUUCCUCAUGACAAAGCUAUCAAUUCAGCCUACUUUAGCCCAACAGAUGGUGCCAAGCUCCUGACCACAGACCAGCGCAGUGAAAUCAGGGUUUACUCGUCUUCAGACUGGACCAAGCCGCAGCAUCUGAUCCCGCACCCUCAUCGGCAGUUCCAGCACCUCACAGCUAUCAAGGCGACGUGGCACCCUCGCUACGACCUCAUCGUGGCGGGUCGCUACCCAGACCCCAAGUUCCCGGGCUACACAGUGAAUGAGCUGCGGACUGUGGAUAUAUUUGAUGGGAACACUGGAGAGAUGGUGUGUCAGCUCCACGACCCAAAUGCAUCCGGUAUAAUCUCGCUCAAUAAAUUUAACCCCAUGGGAGACACACUGGCGUCUGGCAUGGGUUUUAAUAUUCUGAUCUGGAGCCGGGAGGAAAUGGUGGCCAAGAAGCAGGAACAUCUUUUGAAAGCCAUGACAGAACAGGGGAUCGGAAGCCGGAGCUCAUCCAGACGUGGAGGACAAAGGCAAGCAAACCCUGGGACAAGCAAACUCAAAACUAAGUUACUGUCUUGGGAAGCAGAGGAGGCAAAAACAAAGAGUAAAUCGCAGGGAAGGAAGAGAAAAGGGAAGGAUCUAGAGAACUGAUGUAGUAUUUUGAUCCUUUCUGGAUCGUUGAGAACAAAUUCAGUGCUAUCAAUGGGCAGCAUAAGCACUGCAGGGCAUUAACCUUCUGCUUUGUCCUUCCUCUGGCUCUGAUCUUCCUUCUCUGAUUCCCUUUGCUUCCCCUUCUAAUGAAUUGUGUUGGCACUCAGUUCCUCCUCCAGGCAAGGUUACCACUCGUUUUCUAGGCACUAGGGAAUCUUUAGGCCAUGGAGAGAUGUUAUCAGACUCUGCUGAGGUUCAUGCUGCCUCAUCUCUGCAUGUCAGCACCGUCAGGGGUUGCUGUCUCCUGCRUUGUGCUAUGGAGCAGCGCACGGCAGGGUCCCCAGCUCCUUUUAGUCAAACUGAGCUGUGAAAGCCUUUGCUGUCCAGCUUCAUGUCCUGAGAAGGUUCCUAGGCAGGGGUGAUGGGUACCGUGGAUGACCUCAGGAACACCAGCCUCUUCCAUGUGCAAGCUUUUGACAGGCUCUGUCAAAACCUCAGACUUAGCCUCUUCAGUGCUUGCAGCUAUUAACUAGCCCCUGAAGAGCAGGGUGAUGCCAGAGCUCUUUGUCUGCCUUGUGGCACGCAAGGGCAGCACUGAUGGGAGACCCUCCUGGUUCUGUAGAGUUCAUUUUCAGAGCUCUACUCUUUCUUCACACACAUUAGGUAUAUUUUUUUUCCAUCUAUGCCUAUGUGUUUCAGAUUGUUGUCUAGGAGUGUUUUUAAGGCAAAAAAAUGAGGCAUUUCUUACAGAAACCCUUUCUCAGCGCCAAAUCU